CAAAGUAAGGUUUUUGUGAUUGUGACUUGUGAGAGUGAAACUUUAAACUUUUAUAGGCUUGGUACUAUCCUCAAAUAAAAUAUCAUCAUGUGAAAACCACGAAAACAGCAAUGAAAACAAUCAUCUCAUAAAUUCCUUUACAUUUGGCGACAUGUUUACCAAGAAAUCCCACCAAGAUGUCAAAAAAUCAAGUAUUAAAAUACAGGAUUCAAAAAAGGAUUCUACAACCCGAUUAAAACACUUGAAAAUAGUCUUAGAACAUUUUGAUAUUGAUGAGGCUAAAAACUAUUUUGAAGCAAACUUUAGUCAUGUCUAUUUUAUUUUAUAUGAUAAUUUCAUACUAGCUGAGAAUAAUUUACGACAAAAAGAACUUCCGUUCCACCUUGUUCAUAAAGCUGGUAGAGAGGAAUUAGAGGGUGCUCUAUGUCUCUUAGAAAAAGUAUUAUCAUUAUUACCGGAGUUAAUUAGCAGAAGAUGGCAGUUGCACUCUCUAUCGAGAAUAUUUUCAAAACUCCUUCAUUUUGGCAAUUCACAAAAGUUAAGAGCAGAGGCUAUAAGAUACUUCCUGCUGUGGUUUCAAGCAUUAGGUGACAAUGCUCCACCGGAGGUUAACAGAAUGUUUGCGUCACUUGUGCCCGGCUUACCCGAAUCCAGUUUACCACCUGCGGGCUCACCAUUCAAACCAAAAGUAUUUGACGUCGUUACAAAUAUAUCACAAGAUACAAGCGAUUUCAAAGUCGAUGACCUCAUGCAGCAUCCAAACUUCACAUCCGUAGCAGAUACUAAAAAAGUUGUAGUUGAACAUACUUCGACUGGGAUUGCUACUACUGUGUCCUCUUCAAUAUUCCAUGACACAAAUGCUUUAAAUCCAGUCCAAAGCGUUGAUAUUCAGCCCCUACUCCCGCCCAGUGCAAGUGAGAAACUAGUUGAGAAUGAAACCAAAUAUUUCUUUGAAAUAUUACUCGACGCUAUGGCUACUUCUAUAACAAAAGUGCAUUGGAAGGACAGAUCCCACGCGAAGUCUAUGAGAAGUUUUGCAUUUUUAUUAGAGAAGUUUAAAAUGUAUUACCUGCCAGUAAUAUGUCCACAGUUUAAUUAUAAAAACUCUUUAUACAAACCAAAUUUGGAAUUACCAGUCCAACACAAUAUAUUAGAAGAUAGUUAUGUCUUAUGCCGGGUGACAUUAAUUAAAUGGGUGGCAAAUUAUGUGCAUUUCAUGAAGAAACAAGGAAGUGAGGGCCAACCUUCAUCCAUGACAAGUACGGGCUCCCACAUGGCUCAUUCGAACACACCUACACCUGCCACAUCCUUGCACCACGAGGAGGAGACUUCGUUCACUGUUGGACAUCCAUCGGACUCCAGUAGAGCAUCAUCUCAUGAUUCAGCUUCUAAUACCCCACAUCCUAGCCUUGAAUCAGGUACUGGAAUAUACGAAGAGGUAUCGCCUGAACAAGUCGUACGGGAUGUGUUGUGUUGUUCGUCCCGGGAGCACGUGGACUUCACCGUGGAGAUCCUGAGGCAAGCGUUCCUCCUGCCCUUCAUACACGCAGCGGCGACCCGCCGUGUCAUCGCGCUGUACAAAGACUGGAUACAAAUGAAUGUAACAGAGAUCCCACCUUUUUUGUUGGAAAGCACACACGAAGCGGGAGCUGGUGAACCUCAGGUGCCUCCGAGAAGGUUGAGGAAUGACUCUUACCUAGGGGCGCUGGGCAGGGACAAUGUGAUGGUUCGAGCUGGAUUGCAGAACGUGUUACAAGUAUUCAUGACGCAAGCGGCGAACGUGUUUGUGUCGUGUUCGCCCGCGGUGUCCGCGAACGCACAACUGUUGCUCGACGAACAAACCGACACGUGUAAACGUGUGCUGAAUAUUUAUAGAUACAUGGUCAUGCAUGUCGCUAUGGACGGCCGCUCGUGGGAACAACUUCUGGUGGUGCUACUACAAAUUACAUCGAUUGUUUUGACAAAAGUUCCGCCGAAGAAGAAACAAGACACACUUGGUGGUUUCCUUGCGCCAGCGCUUUUUCAAACACUCAUUGUGACGUGGAUCAAAGCAAAUCUGAAUGUCGCUGUGAAACCGGAGCUGUGGCAGAGCUUUAUGGAGCUGUUGACGAGACUCACUCAUUGGGAGGAUUUGAUCAAGGAAUGGGCUAAAACUAUGGAGACGCUAACUCGUGUGCUCGCGCGGCACGUGUACUCGUUGGAGCUUUCGGACACGGUUGCAGUGGGACCAGAGGCGAGGGGAGCCCGCGGCCGGAGGGGAGUGGGGGGAGCACCCGUCUCUUACCCGCCCCGCGCGCCCCCGCUGAGGCGACCCUUGCAGCACGACACCAGGACACCCGGUAAAUCCAGUCGGGUGAACCCUGACGCCCAGGCCCGCAAGGAAACAUCUCGGCGGGCGUUAGCGCGGUGUCGCAGCGACCCCCACCUCGACAGACACUCGCGCACGCCGGCUAACAUACGGACGCACAACUCCACGGAAGAAAAAGUCCCAUCAGAGAACAAACCAAGACGUUGGUAUUCACUAGACUCUAUUAGACAAUCGUCACAACACGAAGAACGGGACUCGGCCAGUGGUUCACGAUCACCAUCACCCGCCCCAUCUAGUGGCAUCGAAAGCAGUUCGAUUAAAGAUUCACCAUUGCAAAUUGAUUUGGCUUCGGAUGGCGGCAAUGUGGGUAUGAUAUUCUUUUUUCUACAUCUAUAUGUGGCUGGCUUGAUACAGGCCCUGACUGGGAUCUGGAGUGGUGACUGUUGUUGUGUCCAUACAUUGAUACUGUACCGCGUUUCAAAACGCCAUAGACAAUAAUUAUGCUGAGAUGGUUUGGCCAUGUCGAGAGAAUGAAUGAAGAACGAUUGACGAAAAAAGUGUAUAAGGCCAGUGUGAGUGAAAGUGUUGGAAGGGGUAGACCUAGGCGGACGUUUCAAGAUCAAAUCAGGGACGUCUUGAAAAAAGGCCAGGUCAAGAGUACCCUAAACCGGAGAGCAUGUAUGAAAGGAAUAAUGAAAGUGGACGAAGCGAAACAAGUAUGUAAGGAUCGUAGCAAGUGGAAAGAAGUGAUCUGUGCCUAGUGCUUACCCCUACGGUAAAGAGGCGUGAUUAUAUGUAUGUAUGUAUAGAUAAUAAUUUCACGUAAGCUGAGUCUCCUAAUAACACGAUAUUUUUUUAUUCUGCACUUUCAAUGACCCCACUCUAGAUCCAUACCGGGAUCAUACUUAUAUAUUUUUGUGUUUCUUUCUAAUUUUUAAAUUUAAAUUAAAUUUAGAUCAUUUAUACGUUUAGAUAGACUAUGACAGCUGUGAAAACCUACUUAAACCAAAUUAACCUCUAUUUUGAGCAAUGUAUGCACACUAACACAAAGUGUUCAUACAAAUCGCUAGUGUAGGACGUAGCUUUGUCACGCACACUAAAGUUUUAAACCUGGCCUGUUUUAAUCUGUUGUCUAACAGCAAGAUUUCUAUCUAGACGUAUAAAUUAUCUAAGAUGUUCAUUUAUUUAUUUAUUUUAUUUUAUGAAAAUAAGGGACAAGACGAGAAGGACGUUCACCUGAUGGUAAUUCAUACGCCCUGACCAUUACAAUGCAGUGCCGCUCAGGAUUUUUGAAAAACCCAAAAAGCGGAACGGCACUACAAUUGCGCUCGUCACUGAUCCUCAUUUGUUCAGUAAUUUCACUAGCUACGGCACCCUUCAGACCGAAACACAGUAAUGUUGACACAUCACUGCUUCACGGCAGAAAUAGGCGCCAUUGUGGUACCCAUAAUCCGUGCCGGCAUCCUGUGCAAAGAAGGAAUUUAUUAGUCAUUCAUUAUCCUGUUUUAUUUUACGAUGGGCUUGAGAUAUGU